UCACCGACGGGCGCCUGCGAUCGACUCUGACCAGCGCCGCUUAUGUAACACGAGGCAGCGCUCCCCCGCGUGCACCGCGCACCUGAAUCUCGCGUCGAUCUCCACCGCGUCCCGCUCCCAAUGUCCCUCGCAGACUCCCCAGGAAAGCCAGCCAGAAAGGCCAAAAAGUCGAAGUCAAGAGACGCGGCUCCGGUCGACGCGUCAGACCCCAAGGAGAGCGAGCGUCAUGACGGAAAGCCGGUAGCGAGCAGCUCUUCUGUACCCUCCGAGGGUAAGAAGAAAAAGAAAAGCAAAUCCAAAGCCACAGCAGAUGAGGAACUAUCCGCGCAUACUCCUUCUGACCAGACGAAUCGAAACGACGUGCUUGUCGCUACGUCUCGCGACGCAUCCAGCGAGGAUGGUCAGAAGAGGAAGAAGAAACGGAGACAUGCAGAGGAGGGCAGCGACGAGGCCAUUGCUAUAGGUGCAGUCGUAGGGGAAGAGGCGGGCGCCGACGGUGCCGCCGAUGCAACUGCAGAGCGGCCAAAGGACAAGAAGAGCAAGCACAAAGACGACAAUGGCAGUGAAGUCAAGAAGAAGUCGCGCAAAAAGAAGGAGACCGAUGAGGUGGAGGUGGACGCCGAUGCAUCUACAUCCGAAGUGACGAAGAAGAGGAAGGAGAAAAAGCGGAAGCGCGAUGUUCAGGUAGAUGGCGGUGCCGCUGCGGUCGAGACUGGCGAUGCUCCUCCGGACGCACCGAAGAAAAAGAAACGAAAACGCGGAAAGACAGACCUCCCCAAUCCUGCGGAGGACGAGAGCCUAAGUGAGCAGGCAUCCCGAGCCUUGCAGUAUGCAUUCAAUCAAUUUGAUGAUCCUGGCUCCUGGAAAUUCCACAAAGCCCGGCAAAAUUGGCUCGUCCGCAAUCUAUGGUCCCAACAAGCUAUACCAGAUGCUCAUAUGCCCUUAUUGACGCGAUAUUUAGCAGGCAUACAGGGCGGCGCACGAGAGGCUCUCGCUAAGACAUGCAGAGACGUGCUUGCAGAAGAUACAAACAAGCCUGCCGCUGAGACAGAGGGAGCAGAAGCCACGGCAGAUGAAGCUGAGCAACCCUCGACCGCUGUUGUAGAUGAGCUGAAGCGGGUCCGAGCCACAGCUGUCCUUGCCGUGCUUUCAGAUUAGCACUGAGUGUUCGCUAGUCUUUCCACGAGCAUGUUCGAACGUGACACAUCGGAGGGAUGUUUGCACACAACCGUCUACAUUCGAUUGGCACGGAGCGUUGUCGCAACCGAGUGGCUUGCGUUAUCCCUUGCACGUAGAUCGCACAUCUAUCACAAGAUUGUAUUUCGGGCGAGCAGAAUGAAAUAAU